UUUGCCCAUUAAGCCAAACUUUGCCCACAUGCUAGGCAAUUUAAAAAAUUCGAAAUUAUCCAUUUGGCAACUGUGGCAAUGGUGAAUGCGUGGGGGUAUGCAUGUUCAAGGUUGAUAGCAUGUGUAAAACUGCUCACAUGCAUUUCUCGAGUGCGCGUGGUGACACAUAGUUCGCAGGUAAAUAUUACUCUUUUUUGUCUUAUUUUUUACGUAAAUUGUAAGGUUUGGUGCGGGAUACGUAUUUGGGUUGUAGUUUUGAGCUAUUGACAGUAGUUUUAUAUGACCAUUAAUUACUUCAAUAUAUCCACAGAUUAAUAUUUAAAAAAUUAUUUUUUUAUAAAUUUGAAAAAAUAAAAGUGGGCAAUGUUAUCCGCAAUUUUGUGAUGAAACCUAAGAUUUAUUUUCAAACAAUUAUACGUCAAUGAUCGUAACUUAUAGCAUCGACAUAAUUAUUUCAGCAAUGGGAAAGUAUAAAAGACGGCUAGGGGCGCGAAAAUAUAUGGACUACGAAGCUAGUGCAUUAGAAAGGGCCUUGCAAGCAAUGAAAGAGGGGAUGAGCAGUCGGAGGGCUGAAACCCUGUACAACAUCCCGAGAAGGACGUUGUUGAAUAAAAUGAAACAUAUACACACCGGCGAUGUUGGUCGACCAAAGAGUCUUUCUCAAGCAGAAGAAAGAAGCUUAGUGGACGUCCUAAUAGCAAGUGCAGAAUUUGGGAGUCCUAUGACAGAACUAGACCUAAGAAUGCUGGUUAGAAAUUAUCUGGACCAAAAGGGGAUCUCUCUGACUUGUUUUAAAGAAAAUUUGCCAGGAAGAGACUGGGUAUAUUUGUUCUUGAAGAGGAACAAAACCAAACUAACGAAAAGGACCUGCCAGAAUAUUAAAAGAUGCCGCGCUGAAAAAACCUCAGAAGAGUUUGAAAGUUAUUUUCAAAAUUUAGAGACGACUCUGCAAGAUGUUCCUCCUCAAAAUAUUUUGAAUUAUGAUGAGACCAACCUAAGCGAUAACCCAGGAACCACGAAGUGCAUAUUUUUCCGAGGAACCAAAUAUCCCGAACGACGAAUGAACACCACUAAAAGUGCCAUUUCUCUUAUGUUCUCAGCAACCGCAGCUGGUGAACUCUUGCCAUGUUAUGUAGUGUACAAAGCCGAGCGAAUGUACAGUUCUUGGAUAGAAGGAGGUCCACCCAACACAAUUUAUAACAGAACGAAAAGUGGAUGGUUUGACGCUGGUACAUUUGUUGAUUAUUUUAAUAAAGUUGUGAUUCCUUGGGCAAGAAGAUUAAAAGGACCCAAAGUUGUUAUAGGGGAUAAUUUAUCCUCUCACCUUAAUGUUGAUGUGUUGCUUGCCUGUCAAAGGAACAACAUCCGUUUUGUCUUUCUACCUCCGAAUUCGACCCACAUAACACAGCCUUUGGAUGUCAGUUUCUUUGGGCCCUUAAAAAAGGCUUGGCGGACAAUCUUGCAAGAUGUCAAACUAAAAUAUCCCUCUCAAAACUGUGUGGAGAAAUCGUUUUUCCCAGGUCUUUUGGCCAAGCUAAUAAAGACGAUCGAACUGAAGUCGGAGAAGAAUAUAAAAAAUGGAUUUAGAGCGACUGGAAUUGUCCCCCUUUGUCCUGAUGAAGUUUUAAAGAAAAUGCCCACAGCAAGGUACAAAGAAAGAGUUUCACGAGAAAUUGAUAAUUCCUUAUUAGACUUUUUGCAAUCCCAAAAUAAACGCGGCGAAAGGGUUCAAAGGAAUAAAAAGAAAAUGUUGCACGUUGAACCUGGAGCAUCAGUUUCAGUGGCAGAUCUCCCCAUUGCCCAGAAUAAAACAAGCGUAGAAUAUGAAGUUCCGGCCAUAGAAUCUGAAGUUCAGGAUGCAGAACCUGAAGUUGACAGCGUAGAAUCUGAAGUUGAGGACGUAGAAUCAGAAGUUCAGACUAGAAGCGACCCUGAAGAAAGACAAAUAAAAGUUGGCGACCACGUAGUUGUAGAGAUUAAAGGAAAAAAGUUUCUAAAAUACCAUUAUGUGGCAGUUGUGUUAGAAACAGAUGAUGAAAACGACUCGCUUUUUGUGAAGUUUAUGAAGAAAGGCCUGGCUGGUUUUAUAUUUCCUCCCAUGGAGGAUACAUCUAUAAUUAACAUUUCAGAUGUCAAACAAGUUUUGACGCAGGGGACUGAGAAACGGAGGGGAAUUUAUAUUUUUAGUGAUAUAAAACCCAGUUUUAAUUUAAAGUAAAAUGUUGAACCUUGUUUUUAUGUAUCUACCUACCUUAGAGUGAUAUUUUACGUUUUAUUUUAUGUUUAAUAUUUAGAAUCUAAAUUUUGUUUUAUAGUUCUUAAGAAUUUUUGUUUAGUUUUAAGCGUUUUGACAAAAUAUAUUGGUAUU